CUUUCAAAAUAUAACCAACCUCACUCCCCUCACUAUUUUUAUCUCAAGAUAACACAACCAAACUCAACACUAUUAACCAUGGGAAUAAAAAAAAUCUCCUUUUGGCUUCUUCCCUUUGCCAGUUUACUGUUUUCCAUCAUACUUGCUCUCUUUUACAUUCCUCCUUCCUCUACAAAUUCUAUUUCACCCAUUACUCCUCGAAACAUCUUUCAACUUUCUAUCUUCAAAAGGGUUUUAAAGCAAAGUGGCCUUGAGAAUUUCUUACCUCUUCUCUCAAGGUUAUUGUCUAGAAGACAGCAUCAUCACCAUAGGAGGCACAGGUUAAAAUGUGAUAAGAAGACAUGGAAGAAUAGGCUCAUUUCCCAUUUCAAAAUGAUCAUUUAUCGUUAUAGAGUUUCCCUCAUUUUGACAGUUGACUCCAAGGGAUGUGCCAGUUUUACAAGUGUACAAAAGGCAGUAGAUGCUGUUCCUGAUUUUAGUCCCUCUAGGACCCUCAUUAUAAUUGAUUCUGGUACUUACAGGGAGAAAGUGACAGUACAUGCUAGCAAGACAAACUUAAUAUUUCAAGGCCGGGGCUACCUCAGCACUAUCAUAGCUUGGAAUGAUACUGCCAAUUCUACUGGAGGAACUCCUUAUAGUGCUUCGACAUCCAUCUUUGCUCUCAAUUUCACAGCUUAUAAUAUAAGCUUUCAGAACACGGCACCGGUACCAUUGCCAGGGGAUGUUGGAGGACAAGCGGUGGCACUAAGAAUAGGAGGAGAUCAAGCUGCCUUUUACGGAUGUGGAUUCUACGGAGCUCAAGACACUCUUCAUGAUGAUCGUGGAAAACACUACUUCAAAGAUUGUUUCAUCGAAGGCUCCAUUGACUUCAUUUUCGGAAAUGGCAGAUCCCUCUAUCAGGAUUGCAGCAUAAAUUCAAUAGCAAAGGGAGGCACAGGAAGGGUGAGUGGCUGCAUAACAGCACAAGGAAGAGAAUCAGAGAGCGAGGAGACAGGAUUUUCAUUUGUGAAUUGUAAAAUUGAUGGAAGUGGAAGAGUGUGGCUAGGGAGAGCUUGGGGGGUUUAUUCAAGAGUUGUUUUUAUAAAAACUUACAUGGCACAAGUUGUUUCUCCUGACGGAUGGAAUGACUGGGGAGACCCCUCGAGAGACCAGACAGUGUUCUUCGGAGAGUACCAGUGUUAUGGGCCAGGAGCGAAUUAUUCGGAUAGAGCUUCAUAUGGAAAACAGCUCCAGGAAUUUGAGGCAGCUCCGUACACGGACAUUUCAUACAUUGAUGGGAAUGAAUGGAUUCGUCAGCCAGACAUUGCAAUGGUUCCUCCGGAUGAAGAUGACGAAGAAGAUUGGGACAUAACUUUCAUUCAGGAUUGCUAAUUCACUCUUGUUCUAGUAAGCUCAAGCCAUGAAUGUUGAAUUUGAUACAGUGAUGACAGGGAACAAUAUUAUGAGAUUUUCCCAAUUCUGACAACCAAG